CGCCGUCGCUUCGCCUUCAGUACGCUGGCAGUCGCCGAACAGUACACUUCACGAGGGCCUCGCCCGUCUAUACUGCGCAACGAACUUUAUGGAUUUUUAGUUUACACCGUCGUACCUCACUCCGAUUCCAACUGCAGAUGAAGUGUGCCCAGAGGACAGUGUUUUGUGUGGUGUUAGUGUGACAGUGAGCUGUGCAUGAGGGCCGCGGACACCUCGGUCGCUUCGCCUUCUUCCCCUGUGGAACGCUGUUUUUGAUGAGAUGUUAUCAGGUUGGACAGGACGCCGGUGUCAGCAUGUGAUGGUUGAAGCGAUCCAGCGAUGCCAUCUCCCAUCCUCGGCGACACGUCGCUAGACGAAGGGGACAGCUGUGCCGAGAACAGGAGGAAGAGGAAAAGGAAAAGAGAAGACGAUAUGAGUCCGGAAGACGAGACCACUGCUUCACCCCCUGCUGGGAUCAUCGCCGGGAGAGACGAAGACGAGAGGAGGAUGUCGUCGCCGCCCUCCGGGAGCAAGUUCAUCCACGAUCAGAUCCCGGGGACGACGAGGCUGUCGGAAGACUGUUUAGACCAGACUGUAGUACAACAUCGAUCCAACGAAAUGACUGUGACAGAGGACGUCCGCGAGAGUAUGGAGAAGGCGAGGACGAAGGAGUCGUACGCCGAAGACUCGUGGGGCACCAGUGACGUGGAAAAGUUUGACGGCAAGAUCGUCUACAACCCGGACGGAUCCGCUUACAUCAUCGAGGACAGCGAGUUGAGCGAGGACGACACCGAACUCCCUCAGCUGAUCGGCGACGGUUGUAUCGUGGACGGACGAGGCGUCAACCUUUCCCAGUUCCAGGUGUUCCCACAGAUAGCUAACGCUUUCUACGUGUCUCGGAACCCGUCUCUGUACAACGCUCUAUACGGCAACUCGGCCUAUUCCAACAAGCUUCUCCCCGACAAGAAGAUAGUUCCUGAGAUACCCAUCAUGCACAGCUACAGGGUGUACACGGUACGUGACAACAAGAGUGGUGGGGAGAAGCCGGAAAGCCUGGAAGUCAAGAAGUCCGGCAAGGACUGUUCUUCAGUUCCUGUCAAACCUAUAUUAAUGUGUUUUAUAUGUAAACUGUCUUUCGGUUAUGCCAAGUCUUUUGUCGCUCACGCGAUGGGGGAUCAUAACGUGGUGUUGAGGGAGGACGAAAAGGACAUUUUGGGUCAUAAGAACGCUUCGGCCAUCAUCCAGUGUGUGGGGAAGGAGAAGGAGCCUCUGGUUUCCUUCCUGGAGCCGGUAUCACCGGUGAUAGGGUUGGGCGGUGACAAGCAGCCGCAGUCCUCGGUGACGAUGAGUCGAACAUCCCCGUCGUCCGCAUACGGCGAUAUGAUCCCCAAGACUUCGACGAGUGACGGUCACGGUUCCUCGGAGUGCGGUGAAGACAAAAUGUGUUUGGACGAUUCGGAGCAACACGUCCAGAGUCUACAAGUUCCUGAGACUUCGGUCUCCCUACCUCAAAACGGUAGUUCUAGUAAUAAUAAUAAUUUUAACAGUAGAUUGAUGAGUAAUAUGAAUUGUGUUAUGGACUUGACUCGAAAGAGUCCCGUUUCGGCUUCGGUCGCUUCCUCCGGCAACAACGGACGGAGCAGUGUGUCACCCGGGGCCAGUCCUUCACCGGGCUCCACGCUCAGUCCUUUGCUGUCACAAACUAUGGGAUACCCCCAGCCGCCUCCCAAUUUCCUAACGGGGACGACGAUAGGAGUGUGUCCCGACCACAUGGGCGGCCGCCCCAGUGGGGUCGAGUGUGCCAAGUGUGAGCUCAUACUCAGUUCCUCGCGGCUCGGAGGCAUAGGAGGCCCUCUGGCCGGCAUGCACUCCCGCAAUUCCUGCAAAACCCUGAAAUGUCCGAAAUGCAACUGGCAUUACAAAUACCAAGAGACACUGGAAAUCCACAUGAAAGAGAAACACCCCGAGGCCGAGACCUCGUGCAUUUAUUGCAUCGCCGGUCAACCCCAUCCCAGACUGGCACGGGGAGAGACCUACACCUGCGGAUACAAACCUUACCGCUGCGAGGUCUGCAACUACUCCACGACCACCAAAGGUAAUCUCAGCAUCCACAUGCAGUCGGAUAAACACCUGAACAACAUGCAAGAACUGCAGAACGGUGGAGUGCCCAACGACAUGUCCCAACACCCCACGACCCCGCCCCAACAUCACAGCAAACCGGCGGGUAUGUCGAGUCCGGGGGCUCACCAUCACCCGCACCACCAUCACAGUCCCAUCAGCAGUGGGCAGAGUCAGAAGCCCAAGCCCACCUUCAGGUGCGACGUGUGUAACUACGAGACUAACGUGGCGAGAAACCUCCGGAUCCACAUGACCAGCGAGAAACACACGCACAACAUGAUGGUGCUGCAGCAGAACGUGAAGCACAUGCAGACUCUGAGCGCUAUUCAGCAGUCCCACCACCAACAGUUGAACUUCGAGUCCUUGCUGCAUUUCCAUCCUGGGCUGACUCUUCCUGGAGACAAACCGCCCCCUCACACGGAGGCGGCACUGGCGGACAUGGCUUACAACCAAGCGCUGCUCAUACAGAUGAUGACAGGAGGUCAGAUGCCUCCACACAUACCUCCGGAGCUGGCACCUCACAUGGACAUGGGGUUGAAUCCGGAAACCAUGGAGCCCCCUCCGGAGCCCGCCGACCCCAACCCGGACCACCUCUUCCAGUGUUGUGUGUGCAACGUGUUCGCCAGCGACUCUUUGGAGCAACUGUCCCACCACCUCUCCGCUGAUCGCACAAAGAUCAGAGAACAAGAGAUCCUCGCAGUGGUGGCCGGACACUACGUCUGCAAGCUCUGUACUUACAAGACCAACCUGAAGGCCAACUUCCAACUGCACUGUAAGACCGACAAGCACUUGCAGAGGCUCCAGCACGUCAACCACGUCAAAGAGGGUGGUCCCAGGAACGAGUGGAAGUUGAAGUACGUUUCUUCACCCGGUGUGGUCCAAGUGAGAUGCCACGCUUGUGACUACUACACCAACUCUGCGCACAAGUUGCAACUGCACGCUGCAGGACAGCGACACGAGGCCAGUUCUUUACUCUUCAGACACCUCAAUUCUGCAGACGGUCCGAGGAUCUUCCACUGCGCCCUCUGUGGGUUCUCAUCCCGCGCGAAGCUGCCUCUGCUGCAGCACGUGCGUUCCAUGAAACAUCUCCAGAUGGAGCAGAUCCACCAGCUCCAGCGGCGCAGUGAGGGAAAGGAACUCCAGACCGACAUCGGAGAGGUCUUCCAGAUUCUCAGUCCCCCGCCUGAGCCUGAACAGGAGCAAGAACGAGCCGAGGCUCACAUGAGGGACAGCAGCCGCGAGAGGAAGCUAUCGACCCCAACGAUACCAUCUGAGACCCAGUCCCAAAGCAUGAUGGAAACGACCGAAGACAAAUCCAGUGGAGACACCCAUAUGUGUCCUUAUUGCAACUACUCUAGCAAUUCGGAAAUGAGGAUCCAAGCACACGUGUUGGCCCAACAUUCCCAGAACGAGAGACCAUCCUCGGCUUCCUCUCCUGCUAGGGACUUCUUGUGCCCUCUUUGUCAGGAUGGAUUCCGGGACCGGCCACAGUUAGAGAAGCACGUGAUGCAGAUUCACAGCGUCAACUCGGAGGGUCUCCAAAGACUUCUGAUGUUGGUAGACCAGUCUCACUGGCUCAACAGCACAUCUAGAUCCACCACACAACAGACGCCUCCAGGCCACCAUCAUAGCCCAUCGUCGGUGGCGUCUUCCUCUGGCAGCAAAGAACAAGAGAGGCCUGCUCAGGCGGAGGGGUCCAGAGAAGAUGAAAAGGAAGACGCGCAGAAUCUAUCAGCGAGUGAAGAACAAGUCGAGGACGAGAAUAAAUGUCAGACAUGCCAUAAAAGCUUUAGAAACAUCGAUGAAUUGUGUCAGCAUCAGAAUGAAACGGGUCAUCUUGAAUUGAAACAAACUCCGAGUGGUCCUGGAUACCUGUGUUGGAAGAAAGGUUGUAAUCAAUACUUCCAAACUGCACACAGCCUUCAGAUGCAUUUUCGGGAGAUUCACGCACGAGGGGGCAAUUCCACUCCGGCCGUAGCUGUGUCAGAGAAGCACGUGUACAAAUACAGGUGCAGUCAAUGCAGUUUGGCCUUUAAGACUAUGGAAAAACUACAAUUGCAUUCUCAAUAUCAUCUUAUAAGGGAUGCGACCAAGUGCGUUUUAUGUGGAAGAAGUUUUAGAUCAAUUCUGGCUUUGCAUAAGCACGUUGAGACUUCUCACCCUGAGUUGACAGAAGAAGAACUGAUGGCUUAUAAGCAGAGUUUGAUGAACAAUCCCCUUCUUUUAGCAGGUAUAAGUGGCCAGAUCUUAGAUCCGUCCACCAAUGAACUGCUGAAAAAAGAGAGCAUGAAAGUGGAUUCUGAUGAGGCAAUGGAGAUUGAUGACAGUCCUGGUAAAGAUAACAUGGACGAAUCUGCAAACCAAGCUGGUGAUGGCGAAAACAGUGACGAUUCCCUUGUAUAUAAAGAACAACAGUUUCUUGAAGACUAUUUAAAUAGUCCAGCGAUUGCUGAAGACAGUUACAACGAUCCUAACAGAAAAUAUAAAUGCCAUCGCUGCAAAGUCGCCUUUACCCGUCAGAGCUAUUUGACUGGACAUAACAAAACCUUAUUACACAGAAAGGGUGAGAAGUUAAGUUAUCCGAUGGAGAAGUACUUGGAUCCUAAUAGACCGUAUAAGUGUGACGUAUGCAAAGAGUCAUUUACCCAAAAAAAUAUUCUCUUGGUUCAUUAUAAUUCAGUUAGCCAUUUGCACAAACUGAAACGAGCUAUGCAAGAGCAACAGCAGAACAAUAACAAUAAUCCUGCAGUUUCCCCGCAGACGGCAGCUUCCGUAGCAGCAGCAGCCCUUGCGGCUACUCUGGGGGUCGCUCCGGGUCAGUUGACUCCUAAAACUUCUACUCUGACGGAGGAAGACGAUAAGAAGCCUUACAAGUGUAACAUUUGCAAAGUUGCGUAUAGUCAAGGAUCGACUUUAGAUAUUCACAUGAGAUCAGUUUUGCAUCAAACAAGAGCAUCUAAGCUACAAGAUCUCGCCAUAACUGGACAAAUCGAUUUAAGUAAACCACUGAUUGAACAGCCUGAACCACAAAAAGCUCAAGAUCAACAUAAGAAAUUAAUUCAAGAUAUUUUAGGGUCUUCUCCCAAGAACUCUUCUCUUCUGACAUCUCCUCCGUCUUCUGGAAGUGGUGCGUCUCAGGCGCCUGGUUCGUCUCCAGGGUCUGGUGGUUUAGUUCCUUCUUCUAUUUCUUCGACACCGAAUUUGACAUCAGUUCCUACUAGCAUAGCUAAUAAUACUUCGAAUUCGCCUUCAUCUGUGAUACCGUCCCCCACCCAACAAGGCAUGGUGUCCUGCCAGAGGUGCAGUGCCCUAUUUGGUAACCAAGAACAACUGACAACUCACCAACAAUUAUACUGUAUGUUCGGCAGUCCAAUGACAAUGUUUCCUCCACUGCCUACACCACCUUCAUCCGCGUCUAACACGCUCACUCAGUCUCUUUCUUCACCUUCCAACAAGACGCCUCCUCCCAACCCCAUGACACCUCUUACCGAGGACACGUUCCCGAGAAUAUCGAUCCCGUCAAAGAAAUCGUCUCAGAUGUACAAGCAUCUACUAGAAAGUUUUGGAUUCGAUCUCGUCAUGCAGUUCAACGAAAACCAUCAAAGAAGACAGAGAAAGGAGAGAGAAGAGAACGAAAAAUUGAUGGCAGAAAUAUCCUCGACCACGCCCGCCGUAGAAGAGAUGGAGGUCCAAGUGUCAACAGCCGUGUCAGAGCAGCCGGAAGCACCGCCUCCGGAGCCGGAAGUGGAAGUAAAAAUGGAGGAGGAACCACCCACAGUGGAUCUCCCCGAAGUGGCGAAGUCGACCUGCCAACAUUGCAACAAGGAGUUCUCGAGUGUCUGGGUGUUGAAAGCGCAUUGUGAAGAGGUACAUCGUGAUCUAGUGCCCCUCGACUUCUUAGAAAAAUACGCGCAGCAAUUUAAAUGUGAAUACGAAAAGAAAUCUGUGCCGACCUCGUCGAGCACCGCUACGACAAACACCACGGUGACAUCGACCACCGCGGCGAACACUGACGUGACGCCGGAGAAAGAUGAGGACAACAAGGAGGCGAUCCACGCCAAGAUCGGUCUCUCACAGAGUCAGUCCACGCCGCCCGAGAUGGCGACUGCCCCCAGCACUCCCACGGCCUCCUCCACGCCAGCUUCCAGCACGGACUCACUACCCUCCACGCUGAACAACACCAUCGCGGCCGUCGCUGCCGGCAUGGGAGGCAGCAAUCCCACUGCCACCAAUCUCACCAUGUCGUUGGCCCAGCAGAUGAAUGAGAUGCAGGCCGCUCUCAACGUGAUGGCCGCAUCACAGUUGCAACAGCAGUUGCAGCAGUUUAACCCCAUGAUGAUGGGAAUGGCCGGUCUCGGAAUGGGACUUCCUCUGGGACUCAACAUGCCGGCGCUCGCGGCCAUGAACCUCCAGCCUCCACUGGUCCCCAUGAUGAUGCCGCCGCCGCCCUUCGACCCCAUGGUCGGUCUGGGUCAGGGAUUUUCCCCGCAGGGCACUGGACUCGACACGGCCGCUCUUCUAGCCAAACAGCAGCAGCAUCUUCUGCAGCAGCAACAGCAAGUGGUGAAUGCCUCGCAGCAGAAACGCGCCCGCACUCGCAUUACCGACGACCAGCUCAAAAUCCUGCGCGCUCAUUUCGACAUCAACAACUCGCCGUCGGAAGAUCAAAUUCAUGAGAUGGCCGGACAGAGUGGGCUUCCGCCUAAAGUCAUAAAACACUGGUUCCGAAACACCUUAUUCAAGGAACGACAGAGGAAUAAAGAUUCUCCUUACAAUUUCAACAACCCGCCGUCAACGACUCUGAAUCUGGAAGAGUACGAGAAGACGGGGGAAGCUAAAGUGAUGCCGCUGAACAGCAGUGGGAGUAGUACUAGCACGGAGGAGCCUGCCACCCCGGCUAAGGAAACGCCGAAAACACCUCCGGCCGUAAAACCUACCCCGCCGCCCCCACCGCCGCCGCCCCCGGCCCCGCAACAACUGCCGGCAUCACCGAUGCAACCCCCUCAUAAAAGCGGGCAACAGCAAUCCCAAAUGCAGCAACAAAAACAACAACAUUCUCCCAUUCAGCUGCAAAACCCAUUCAAUCCCCAGCCUCAGCAGUUCCCUCACCCUCCUGACGCCAUAAAGAAAGAACCCAGAGAACCUAUGAGCCAGCAGCAACUUGACGAGCAGAAAUUUAACAACAUGCUCAUGGAAGCUGAACAGAGGCUGAAACGAGAGAUGGUUGAUGAAAAACCCAACAUUUAUCAAGGUCAAGUCAUGUCCCCACCGAGCCCAAACAUGAAUGAACGAAUGAAUAUUAUACCUGCGAGAAGUACCUCUCCAGAAAAUUUGACGUUGACUUCCAUUAUUUCUUCACAGCUCGGGCCAGAAUCUAUGGGCAUGAACACCCCGAACCAGAUGGCCGUUUCUCACUCCAACAUGCUCCCACCGAAAUUGACUCCACCAAAUUUCACCUCACCCAAUCACAUGUCUCCUGCCGGUAUGCCGUUGACACCGACAUCUAGAAGUAUGAGCCCCGGAAGGUCGGGUUCUGCAGACUGCUUCAGUCACGCCAUGCUGGGAGGAAACAACGGAAAUAACUCUGCCAACUCGAGUGGAAAACGAGCAAACAGGACCAGAUUUACUGACUACCAGAUUAAAGUUUUACAAGAGUUCUUUGAAAAUAAUGCCUAUCCCAAGGAUGACGAUCUCGAGUAUCUUUCGAAACUUCUCAAUCUUAGUCCUAGAGUUAUAGUUGUUUGGUUUCAAAACGCAAGGCAGAAGGCAAGGAAAGUGUAUGAAAACCAACCUCCUGUAGAUCCAGCACCUGGAUUAGAUGAUGCCGGAGCAGGAAGAUUCCAGAGAACACCAGGUUUGAACUACCAAUGUAAGAAAUGUCUUCUCGUGUUUCAAAGAUACUACGAGUUGAUUAGACACCAGAAAACUCACUGUUUCAAGGAAGAAGAUGCAAAGCGAUCAGCCCAAGCACAAGCUGCUGCUGCACAAAUUGCUGCAGUGUUGUCUUCCGAAGACUCAAACUCCAGCACGAUCGUGGAGCAGAACCAACAGAACCAAUUGGCUAACUUGGUCGGAUUGAAUACAUCUAGUAAUCCGUCUACUCCAGCAGCUCCCAUGACGCCGACCCCUUCUCAGUCAAUGUACCCUCCGUCCCCUGUUCCACCAAGCACGCCUACACCUGACGCCAAAGAUAGUUCUUUUCAAUGUGAUAAUUGCAACUUAGUUUUUCCUAGAUUUGAUCUCUGGAGGGAACACCAACUUGUCCAUAUAAUGAAUCCUAACCUCUUCCCGUCAUAUCCACCAGACAGUCCUUUUGGAAUUCUUCAACAACAUGCGCAAAUGCAACAGCAGCAGCAGCAACAACAACAGCAACAGCAGCAGCAACAACAACAGUUACAACAACAGCAGCAACACCAACACCAAACCUCACAGCAGCAGCAACAACAUCAUUUAAAUAACAUUGUUGCAGACCUUUCAAUGAAUCCUAGUGUAGCUAAUCAACACCCUUUGAUCUCAAUGUUGACUGCUAAUAAAAAGAAGUUUGAUGAAUUUGAAGAAAUGAAUGAGAGAGCCCAAGUGGGGGGUGGCGAAAACGAACAGCCGAAAGACAAAAGGUUGCGAACUACUAUACUACCAGAACAGUUGGAUUAUUUGUAUCAGAAAUACCAAGUUGAAAGUAAUCCUUCUAGGAAAAUGUUGGAGAAUAUUGCAAGAGAAGUGGGCUUGAAGAAGCGAGUGGUCCAAGUUUGGUUCCAGAAUACAAGAGCACGAGAACGUAAAGGUCAAUUCCGGGCUCAUUCGCAAGUCAUCAACAAACGAUGCCCAUUUUGUCCAGCGCUAUUCAAGGUGAAAUCCGCUUUAGAAAGCCACCUCACAACAAAGCACGCUGACCAAUGUAGUAGAGGGGAAAUAAAUAUUGACGCGUUACCAGACGAGGAACUGAGCAUGGAGUCCUCUCAUUCCUUCUCAUCGUCUCAGCUGGGUGAAGCAGGGUCAAAGAUGUCUCAAAGUUUCGGUUCAAACCAAUCGAGCCAGAGUAUGAUCCCUCCUAUGUUUCCCCCUUUUCAUGGCAACAUGGAAGAUUCUCUGAAAAAGUACUACGAAGAAUCCAUGAAAAGGUACAUAAGUGAGCUUCAAGCUCAUCACGUCACGCAGAACGGUGCCGUGACAAAAGAAGGCUUGCCGUCAGAUCUCAGAGUAAAGACUGAGGGAAACGGACGAGCUGGAGAGAGUACAGGAGACUGCCCUUUGGACCUGAGCAAGCCGGUGGACUUGAGCAGGCCAAUCAAGAUGAAUCUAGACCACGAUAUCCGAGCUAUGAUGGGAGAUCCUGGUCCUUUAACCGAUUUGAGUGAGAGGAGUUUCUGUGAAGACGACAGUAUGUCCGAGUGUACAGAUAACUUUGACGAUGAGAGCAACCCAACGUCUCCGGCCUCAAGCACCCAGAGUAGAACACCGGGUCAGGGAGGAAACAAGAGAUACAGAACUCAAAUGAGUAGCCUCCAAGUGAAAUGCAUGAAGUCUCUGUUCAACGAUUACAAGACACCGACAAUGGCUGAGUGUGAAAUGUUAGGAAGAGAAAUCGGUUUGCCCAAGCGAGUUGUCCAGGUGUGGUUCCAGAAUGCAAGAGCCAAAGAGAAGAAGAACAAACUAGCGCUGCAGAAAGUCCUAGGAACGAACGAUCCGGACAUCCAGAGACUACCAGAAGAAUGUAAGCUCUGCCAAUUCAAGUACUCCCACAAGUACUCGGUGCAGGACCACAUAUUUACGAAGAAGCACAUUGACGUCGUGAAAGCCUACCUAGAGAGUCGGAUGUCGAAGAGCGAGUUGUCCGGUAAUGCGAGCGACAGCGAGUUUACGGUUCCACCGGUCCCGACAAUGUCCGAGGUCAACCACAACAACAACAACACGAGCCAGCAACAGCAGAUGGCGCAACUACAGAUGCUGCAGAUGGCGGGACUCCCUCUGCCCUCGGCCCAAGCCAUGGCGAUGGCCGCCUCCAAAAUGGACGCUAAAGACCAGCAGCAGCCCAGUGCCGAAGACAUGGCCCUCCUGCACCAACUGUACGGUCUCGGACUCGGCUUCCCCCAAGGCUUCGUGCAAUCCGCUAUGCUAUCUGCGACCGGAAUGGGGGGAGGAGACCCUGAGGGCGGGACUCCUGUGAGUCAGCUCCAGCUGGAGCCAGAGGCUCUCCAGAACGUGCUGGAGGGGUGCAGCAGUUCGGGGGAGGGCACAUCCAACAUCCGUCUGAACCCUGGUUCGGUCCUGGGAGCGGUAGAGGCGGCAGUGGAGGCUGGCUACGUCUGCAAGGCCUGCCGCCUCGCCUUCUCCUCGGAGGCAGGGGUCGUCGGCCACCAGAAGAACUGCGGAGGUAAAGGCACCCUGAGGUUGAUCCGGUCCAAGUACAACUGCACCCGGUGCGAGUGCGAGUCCUUCGAGACCAUCCACGACUUCCAGAGACACUUCGAGAGCUCGCACCCCUCGGACCCCGCCCUGGCGCCCUCGCCCGGCCUCUCCCACGAGAUGGAGGACGUCGUCAACCAGAUCACCGCUCUGGCGGCCAAGGCCGCGGCCCAGAGCCCUCCCGACAGCAACGCCAACAUCUUCUGUCCCCCGCCGGAGCCGAAGAAGCCCAAGAUGUUCCACUCCGUGCCGGUGCCGAGUACGGGACAUUGAGCGCCCUAUCCCCCCGACACGAGCCUCCAUUCUCAAUCGUUCACGUAGAGUUACCAAUAUAUAUAUUUUAUUUUGUGAUAUCGAAUUUAUAUACGAAUAAGAAAGUUAUUAUUUUUUACACUGAGCUACGUAAAUCUCGUGUCGGGAGGCUCUGGCCCGGUCCGGAGGAUCGCUCACAGUACAUCGAUCGUGUCACGUACAAUGAAGUUCAAUAUUAUUUGUUUGUAUCCGCUGUAGUCCAAGCCAGUACAUGUCACUGUUCCGUUACAACUGACUAUGACGCCCAGUUCCUUCUCAAUAUGACCGUGUUCCUACUGCACCGAUUGUGACUAGAAGAAGACGUGAAACAGACUUUCUACAACGUUAACUUUGUAUAUAAGUAAUCUUUAUUAAUUAAUUAUAGUAAAAGAAAGUGACGGGCGAGUCGACGGCAGCCACUGGCGUCUCUCGCUCGACAACUGAAACCCAAACCUCGCUAAUUUGCUGUAUCGUUGGCAAUUUUAAUAAUAUAAAUAUUAUAUACAGUAUCAUUAAUAAGCGGAAAGAGCCGCUAUACUCAUCUAUAAAUAAUAUAAGCAUGUGUUUUUUAAAUGUGUAAAUGUAAGUUCUGUUGGUUGCCCCCGCCGCAUGUAUCAGUGGGCGGAGGGUGUGCUGUAAAAAUUUUGUUUCAGUUCUUUGUUUUCGGUGAGUAUCCGUUUUGUUCGACGUUUACGUUACGUUUUUGUUGGUUCACGUUUUGGGUUCCGCCUAGCACCAGGAGUGCUGAAGGGUCCAAAAUCACGAGUCUCAUUUUUGUUUUCGGUGAUACCAAGACUCGACCCCCUCCCGAACGGUGGUGGCCGACACUUUUAUAAAACUCUGUUAAACGAUCGGUUCACACAGGCCGCCCCCGGGAGGGACGGGGUCCGCGGGGGCCAGUUUUGCUCUCUUUAAUUAUGUGUUGGCAUUAAAGGGACCAAAAGUGGCUUCUGACGACGCCCGCCCGGCGCUGGGAACGGGUGGCGUCGUACCACAAAAAAUGUACUCGCCAAAUUCGACAGUCCGUAAGCAAUCAGAUAGCGUUGACAUAUCAAUGGGACACAAUCAAGCCUCAAACACGAGACUGUUACAGUUCAUCCACGACACGAAUUCAUCAAGGGUUCAAAAACAAAAGUACAUUUUUUUGUAACAAAAACUUCCCAGCGCCCAAGGUUCCUAUCUCUAGCUAACAUUUUACUAAGGUUCCUCAUCCAAAUGCUUUUCUAUAUAAUAAUUAUUAUAAUAUAAGAUUUAAUUGUACUGUUUCUUAGUUAAGUGUGACAGGUGUUGUUGUAAGUAAUGUAAGUGUUACAGAGCGGGGCCUCCUUUGUCACUCAUAGGUUAUAUUAGUAUAGGAAGUCGUGUCAUGCACGGACUAUCCGCCGUUUAUUUACAUUGCACUGUUCAAGACAUCCUCAAUGCUAUGGCCGACGCGAAUGUGUGCGCUGAGCACAAGCCCGGCGUGUUCCUAUACUUACUUGUUAUAAGCCUCGCCCUUACUUCUACGCGGUACCUUAGUUCCUAGGUGGCAUUGUGCCGUACCGACCUACCUCUCUCUCUCUCUCUCUAUCUGUCUAUCUCUCUCUGUCUCAUCGACGCAUCACUCAGUUUCUCUUGUUAUAUCAUCAGCAAGUCAUUUUACAGCCACAACAUACUUUGCUUUUCUUUCAACAUAAUGGACUUUAUGUAGGCAAGAUAUAACGUGUUAUAGAUCACGUUAUUCUUGCUUACAUAAACUUUUAAUUUUGUUGUAAAGACGUUAAUGAAAUAAACUUACGAUACAUUUUUUUUGUAAUUCGGCUCUGAUCAGGGACGGUUUACUACGGUAUGUAUCAGAAAAACUUUCGGUCUCUAAUAUUAGUAAGUAUAGUAAAGUAUAAUAAUGGAAAUUAAUUAAUUACUAAGUAUUCCUUUUUUCUCUGUAAAAUACAGUUGCUCUGUGACAGGAAAUUUAUAUAGUUACACUUUUAUUUCUGUGCUUAAAUGACAGUUCAGACCGCUUUACAUAUAACGUAUCACAUGGCUAUUAAUGAUCUAUUUUCAAAAAUUUCACUCUACCUCUUAAAACAAAGCAGAACGUAUUUCUAAUCAUUUCGUUUCUUAUGAACAAGUGUUAAUUUAACUAAGCAGGUUAAUUAAGCAUAAUUGUACAAUCCGAAGAGCGUUGAGUUAAAGAAAGAAACUAUUACAAAACUAUUCAAUAUAUUGCAAUUUUUCAUAUCUGUAACAAUUUUAAAAAUAAAUUAGACAACGUAUUACAAAUACCUACAAAUAUUAUAAAAAACACGGAAAUUCAAAUGAAACAUUUUUGACCGUUGUCCAUACAAUAUAUUAAUUGAAGAAAUAAAUACGAGUAUAUUGUCAUGUAAAGUAGUGUUGAAAUAAAUAUAUAUAAACUUUAUUUUUAUUUUUUACCCUAUGACUUGCUGAUUGAUGUUUUACUUCUUUUAUUCCGGGGUUUAGUCACUGCGUUUGUUCGGUUGUUCUAAUACUUAAACUAACAAUACUAAUAUUUGCAUGAAUUUCCUGCAUGAAUCCACGAAAUAUCCAUGAAAUACCACGUACGAUCCUGUGUUUUAUUUAUGUGUCGUUUGUAUUUUUUUAGGAGUAAAUUCUUUUUUAAUAGAUGGUAUUAUAUGUUAUCGCAUGUUUAUUUUGCAUAGUUUUCCGUUGAUCAUUUUAGUUUUCUUGAGUUGUUUUGUUUCUUACUGAACACUGUUAUCCCUAGAAAGUUGAGCCACUUUUGUUUUCUGCAUUACUAACUCAUUUUCCUUUCCAGAACCUUGGCAGCUGUUUAUUUAUUUGAUCCCAGUUAUGCUUUUGUUUUUACCCUUGAUUUUUGUAGCAGUUUGUACAGUAGUGCGAUUCAUGUACAUUUGUAUAUCUGUGCGUACCAUUAGUAUUGUUAGUUUAAUUCCCACCACGAGAUGCAGUCUAACUGAUCGUUCGUAUUUAUUGUUAAGUUAGUUUGAAGCGUUACAUUUUUAUCAUUUGUAAUAUUUUUGUAUUUAUAUUAGUUUUAGUUUCGACCUAAGAUUGAGUUUAGUUGUUAGGUGACAACGCUGUGAAUGCUCACUUAUAUUUAUUUGCCUUGUAUAUGUUCACGCCUCUCUAUUAAUAUUAUGAUAUAAUUUAUUUCUCCCUCGUUGAUUGUGAUGUAUAUACAGUUUAUUAUCAGUUAUAUAUUGCUACAUUAUCGCCCAAGGACAUGCCAUUGAGGACUCCAUUGGAAGCGUGCGAGCGUGUAUGAGUGUGUGCGUGUGCGAGCGAAUGGCCGUUAUACAUUUUAAAGGUAACAAAAUGAAACAACUAUUUUACACAAAACGACUGGUGAUGUUUUUGUUUCUAUGUAAUUUCUCAUACAUAGCCUGCCCAUAUGUACCAGAACGAAACUAUCCACAUUGUAUAAAUGGUAUUAAACUACUAGUUUAUGAGUAA